CUGGACCAAUGCCCGUCUGAGCUUUGAUGACAGACUUCGCUUCAAAGGGAAGAAGCCUUUUGGUGUGAAUUUUCAUCCUGGGUAUGUAGAGUUUUAUGCAUUGGGGGAGUUUUGUGAAUCUUUCUGGUGCUGCUGAACAUCAUCGUUGUUGGGUUCCUCUGGUCGGUCUUUUUGGGAUUUGAGAGACUGUUGCUGGUGGGUUUUUGAGGGAAUGCAGAUGGGAAAAUCAGCAGCUUUGGUCUUGCUCUAUGCGGUGUCCUUCUGUUUAAUGGUUGGAGCUGGGAGAGCCCAGCUGAAGACUGUCCUGAUAAACUGUGGCACGAAUUCUAGUGUUGAUGUGGAUGGCAGGAGAUGGGUUGGUGACUUGGCCGCCAACAAUAACCUUACCGUUAGUCCCGCUCCGACGGCCGACACCACCGCCGCGCUGAGCAGCAAUACUUCUUUAGGUCCGAUCUACGGAUCUGCCCGUAUUUUCGCGGGCGGAUUGAACUAUACCUUCCAAGAAGUUCAAGGGGACUAUUUUCUUCGGCUUCAUUUUUGCCCGUUCACCUUCGAUCAGUAUAAUGCGAAUGAAUCUGUGUUCGGCGUCGCGGCGAACGGUUUGGGGCUGCUGUCACAAUACAGUGUUCCGGGUGAUAUCGCAACCGAGAACAAUAAUGGUUCAUCCUAUCUGAUCAAAGAGUUUUUCCUCUCCAUCGAUUCGAACGACCUCGUCAUCGAGUUUCUUCCAUCGAAAGGGUCAUUCGGGUUCAUAAAUGGACUAGAAUUGGUAGCUUCGGAGGAUAACCUGUUUGCUGAUGCAAUUAGUAAAGUUGGAGGGAACAGUGUGAAUCUGAAUCUGAGCGGACGGGGCAUGGAAACAAUGUACAGGUUGAAUGUUGGGGGGCCUCAGAUCAAACCCAGCCAAGAUCCGGAUCUAUGGAGGACAUGGGAGGUUGAUACUAGCUACAUGACCAAUGUCGACGCCGGCUAUCAAAUAAAGAACAAUUCCAAUAUUACUUAUGCUUCGUCCAACGACUCGUCCAUAGCUCCCCUUCUCGUGUAUGAAACGGCGAGAACCAUGUCCAACACCCAAGUUCUUGAGAAGAGGUUCAAUAUGUCGUGGAAACUCACGGUGGAUCCGGGUUUCGACUACCUCGUCCGGUUACAUUUCUGCGAGCUGCUCUUUGGACAGCCCAACCAGAGAAACUUCAGAAUCUACGUGAACAACAGGACCGCAGCUGAUAACUUUGAUAUCUACGCCCGAGCCGGAGGGAAGAACAAAGCGUAUCACCAGGACUAUUUGGAUGCGGUCUCGUCGAGAGUCAGCACAUUGUGGAUUCAGCUUGGGCCCGACACGGCCACUGGUGCAUCCGAAACUGAUGCUCUCUUAAACGGUCUGGAGAUAUAUAAGCUGAGCCGAAAUGGAAAUCUUGCCUAUGUAGGUGCAUUCAAUUCAGCUCAAAACACAACAAACAAGUCGAGAGCUCGUAGUCUCUUGGCAGGAAUUGGAGCCGGUAUAGGCUCUGUGCUGAUCCUCGCAUUUGCGGUUACCAUUGUCUUCCUUCUGAGGAGAAGACGGAGAAGCGAGAUCGGUAGUAAAAAUAACGCUCUCGGGUGGCGGCCACUCUUCCUUCAUGGGGCCAUAUCGAAUACAACCACUAAUGCCAAGGAAGCUGCGGGAACCAAGAACCAGAACGGGUCUGUCGCCUCGAUGAGAUUGGGGAGGCGAUUUACGGUAGCAGAAAUCAGAGCAGCGACCAAGAACUUCGAUGAGAAAAUGGUCAUUGGAGUAGGGGGCUUCGGUAAGGUGUACAGAGGCGAAAUCGAAGACGGCACCCUCGCCGCCAUCAAGCGUGCCCAUCCUCAGUCGCAGCAAGGCCUUGCAGAAUUCGAGACGGAGAUCGAGAUGCUCUCGAAGCUGAGGCACAGGCAUCUGGUGUCCAUGAUCGGGUUCUGCGAAGAACAGAACGAGAUGAUCCUGGUGUACGAGUAUAUGGCCAAUGGAACUCUGAGAAGCCAUCUCUUUGGCAGUGAUCUUCCGCCGUUAAGCUGGAGGCAGCGACUGGAGGUCUGCAUAGGAGCUGCACGAGGACUGCAUUACCUUCAUACCGGAGCCGACCGAGGCAUAAUCCAUAGGGAUGUCAAGACAACCAACAUUCUACUCGACAAAAACUUGGUGGCGAAGAUGUCGGAUUUCGGAUUGUCGAAAACGGGUCCUGCCCUGGAACAUACCCAUGUUAGCACCGCCGUGAAAGGGAGCUUCGGAUAUCUCGAUCCCGAAUACUUCCGGCGACAGCAACUGACACAGAAGUCUGACGUGUACUCUUUCGGCGUCGUGCUGUUCGAAGUCGUCUGUGCUCGGGCCGUCAUCAAUCCAAGCUUACCGAAGGAUCAGAUAAACCUUGCGGAAUGGGCUUUAGGGUGGCAACGGCAGAGAUCGCUCGAAACCAUCAUCGAUCCACGUCUCGGGGGACAAUACUCGCCAGAGUCGAUGAAGAAGUUCGGGGAGAUAGCAGAGAAGUGUCUUGCUGACGAGGGGAGGAGCCGACCGACCAUGGGAGAGGUUCUGUGGCACUUGGAGUACGUCCUGCAACUCCACGAGGCUUGGCGGCAGCGGGCGAACGACGCAGAAAGCUCCUCCCUCAAUGUCGAGAGCUCGGAAGACUGCCAAGCGGCGGGAGGAGCAGAGGAGAGGCGGAACCCUCUGUUUACAGGCCCGGAUUCAGCAAUCGGCCGGAACACAGAGGGGAACGGCGAAUCUGUGGCCAGAGACGAAUAAAGAACACAUGGUACACGACUAGCAAGGAGUACAGACCGCGUGUUUUUACAUUCUUUUAUACGUUCUUCCUAAUUCAUUCCGAUUCGUUUCAUUGAAAUUUCGGAGUACCUGUAAGGCUCGCGAUUGUCCUAAGAAUCCUGAGGGGGGUCGAGUUCGUAAGAAAACCGAGAGUUUUCGCGCAUUGUCUAUGCUUCUAUCUUUGAUCUUUCAUCAUCA